AUGUUGAAACACCUUGACAUAUCCUGGGUACUUAUGGAACGAAAUGCGAGGGUGGACAGGUUCCCACCGACGUGGCCAGUCUAUGCUCCAGCCGUGAAGGGAUCCCGCCACCAACAAGUGGAAUGUAUUCGUCACCCGGAGAGGGGCACAUUUACAGUCGAGGACGUAGUCUUCGCAACAGGAUUGGGCAGCGGGUCUCCCAAUACGCCUUCAUACCCUGCAAAUAAGGACGAGUUUGAAGGGGAAAUUCUGCAUUCUAAUGAGCACAAGAAAUCGUCUGACCACGCUGGAAAGACAGUGGUUGUUGGCGCUUGCACUUUAGGACUAUUACAUCCACGGAGUCGAUACGUUGAGACUCAGUCUGGCCAUGGUCAUUGA